UUCUCUUUCGAAUAUCACAGUCAAGCGUAGAAUCGAUGACAUUACAGCAGACAUAAAGUCACAAAUAAUUAAUAAAGUAAAAUUAUCGCCAUUUUUUGAUAUUAGGUGCGAUGAAUCCACCGACAUCGCUAAUUGUGCACAGUUAAUAGUUUAUGUUCGUUACGUUGGCGCAGUUAUCAUUCAAGAAGAGAUUUUGUGUUCCCAGUCUUUGACAGCAGUUACUGUAUCUGAAGAUAUAUCCAAUUCAAUACCAAAUUCUGUUGAAAAAAAUGAUUUGGAUUGGAAGAAACUCAUUGGACUUUGCACAGACUUUGGACUCGGCUAUAUGGAUUGUAAACUACAUCAAGAGCAGCGCUUUGAACAAUCGGUUAUUUACUUUAAGCUGGCUGUCCAAAGGGAACAUGUUGGCUCGCCUUUACGAAUUGAAAUAAGAGGUAAUUAAGAAGAAAGGUAGGAAGGAAGAAGGGAGGGCAAAGAAAAAAGAAGUGCAUCAAUUUGAGGGGUGCCUUGGCAUCGCUAGUUAGUAUUCGGCAAUUUUAAAUUGAUCCUAAAAUUAAUUUUGGGAUUGGUUGUUGAAG